GCCGGAGGAGCGCGCGGAGGUUGAAGGCUCUGGCAAGCCACUGUUGUGCGUCUCUGUGUCAGCCUCUCUCCGUCUUCCAUGUUUACACCCUAAUUAUGGUGAAACUUUGCUCAGUGACUUUUCAUUCAUGGAUUUAUAGCAAAAACUGAGAGCUGUGAAUAGCAUUCUUUUUGGACUUAUUUAUUAUUUUAACAUUUUACACCAAUCGGGCAUGUGCGCAAUCUUGCAAGGAUUGUAGAAACCAAACGAGUAUUCGUUUUCUUGGGGCAAAUAUGCGUCGCUGGAAUAUGGUAUGCACUCGAAAGGCUUAUGGAAUAUAGCCUGUUUUGCCAAAGUCUGUAUGCUUGCUCGUCCAGCCCAGUAAAGAAGAAACUCUUCCUACUUGGCAUCAUGUUCUUACUGUGGGUGUACAUGCUCUACUCCUGCGUGGGCUACUGCUCCGGCAUGCCUAGCCUAGUGGUGGAUAGUUACCGGGGCAAGGACACCGAGUCGUCGGUGGGCAAGCGGACCGAGAACAGCCGAGUGGACCUGAUGUCCCGACUCAUGCCCGUGAAGCCGCAGCAGCAGGCGUGGGUAGACGACGUGGAGGCGGACUACGACGAGCCGUCCGUCAGGACAGCCGUGUCCAGAGACUUGCUCCAUAACGAGAUCGAGACGGACGAGAGGACGAGCGACGACUGGGACGGAGAGAUGAGAGGGGAGCAUCAGCAGAGGUCCGCCGCCGAGCCCAGCGCCAUGUCGAGCUUCUCCAACGGCUCAGGCAGCAAGAAGCUGCCACAGGCGAUCAUCAUCGGGGUGAAGAAGGGGGGCACGCGGGCGCUGCUGGAGUUCCUGCGGGUGCACCCCGACAUCAGGGCCGUGGGCGCGGAGCCGCACUUCUUCGAUCGCAAUUAUAACAACGGGCUGGAGUGGUACAGAGAGCUGAUGCCCAAGACCCUGGAGGGCCAGAUCACCAUGGAGAAGACCCCCAGCUACUUUGUGACCCGAGAGGCCCCGGCCCGGAUCUCCGCCAUGUCCCGGGACACCAAGCUGAUCGUGGUGGUGCGGGACCCCGUCACCAGGGCCAUCUCCGACUACACCCAGACCCUGUCCAAGAAGCCCGACAUCCCGUCCUUCGAGAGCCUCACCUUCAAGAACAGAACCACGGGCCUCAUCGACACCUCGUGGAGCGCCAUCCAGAUAGGGAUCUACGCCAAGCACCUGGACAACUGGCUGCAGUACUUCCCCAUGGGCCAGAUCCUGUUUGUGAGCGGCGAGCGGCUCAUCAGCGACCCGGCCGGGGAGCUGGGCCGCGUGCAGGACUUCCUGGGACUCAAGAGGAUCAUCACGGACAAACACUUUUACUUCAACCAAACCAAGGGCUUCCCCUGUCUGAAGAAGGCCGAGGGCAGCAGUAAGCCGCACUGCCUGGGCAAAACCAAAGGACGGACCCACCCCAACAUUAACCCUGAGGUGGUGCAGAGGCUACGGGACUUCUACCGGCCCUUCAACAUGAAGUUCUACCAGAUGACCGGACACAACUUUGGAUGGGAUUGAUGCGGAAAAUCACAGACAGUCGUGUUGUUGUUUUUUUGGAGUUAUUAUUGGUUUUUUUCCCCAUUGUAAUUGAAUGGCAAGACGUGGAGCUAUUGCUAUAUAUAUGUAAAAUGUACAGAAAUCUAUUUUAUAAUAAUUUAUUUUUAUUUCUAAGCAAUUAAUUCACUAAGCUGCCUAACCAUAUUUGUACAUAGCAUCUGGCCCGUUGUUGUUUCCUCUUUUCUUUUUUUUUUACAUUCCUCAUUUUUGAUUUUUGAUUCCUCAUGCUCAGUUUCCCUCUUGGUCCAUGUGUUAACUCGGUGGAGUUUUCGGUGCUUCGUAAUGCAGAUAAUAUGUGCUGACUGAAGUCAAAAAUAGGUGAAUAAUGUAGAAGCACCGUGUUACGGGUACGGCGUGCUCUCGCAGGGCCACGGGAGAACACCCAUCGAAGUGCAUCUUGAUGUAUAAAUGCAUAAUCACUUUACCCAUUUCUCCCCCCCCCUUCCCUUCUGAGUGCUGUUCUCAAACGGUCCAUCCUCUCAGCCAUGCGCAUUCUUGGCUUUGAAACAAGAACUUGCAACCAAUUUCCUUGGUCCCCGGCAUCGGACAAAGUAGCUGAUCUAAUGCUCUUUCCCACUCAACAACAGGUCGAUCAAUACGCCGCGAUCGAUCCUCGUUUUGUCAUUCAUGCUUAAAGUACACGGCUGGCCUUUUAUUCACUGUGUUCCCGCCGUCUCCUCCAAUCAGCGGCCCAUCCAUCAAAGGUUAAAUCGUAUCCCGUUAGCCACGUACUGCUACCGUGUUAACGCUAUGCUAAUCUGUAAGGUAACAGUGCGGAUCGAUGGGGGCCUCUGCCCCUCUAAGUCCCCCCCCAGUUAGUAGCACUGUUGUGUUUCUCCAGGCCUUGGCUCUGUCGGAGCUGUUCACACAGUCCACAAGUCAUGCCACCUCUCAAUCAGAGUUGAUGUUCUCGAAGACCACGGCGAAUAAGGAACCAGCGUUUCAGAUCGAUAAAAUGAGGUCGGGCACAGACAGAGAAAAAGAUCAGUUUGGCUGAAGCACCGUCAGAACAGUCAUUUACCGGGCCCCACGCUCAGAUCUCAGACAAGGUAUCAAAAGGAAGACUUCAGGGUUGCCACGCCGACCUACCAAGUGUCAUUACCAUACAAGAAAAGUACCGUUUAUUAAUCAGCUUCUUUCCAUGGUCCACCUAGUUUGGUUUGUUCACCUUCACACGCAUCGUUACACCAUCCCAACCUCUCCACUUGUUGCCAAAAAAAUAUGCCAUGCUUCACACACAGUUGAGUUUCUUCCCCAACCCCCCCCCCCCCCCCCCCUUUUACAACCCCUGCAUCGCUUCUUUCUCAUCGUCUUUUUACUUGAAUUCUUGAUAUGCAAGAGGGAAAAAGUAGGUAGUGGUCCUCUACCUUGUCCGUUUCCAUCUCCUGUCCAGCGAGAGGAUCCCCCGCCCGACCCCCCCCCCCCCCCCCCCCCGAGCGACGUGCUAUCUUGGACCGUGGCUGUUAUCUUGCUAUGCAUGCUGAACGUGGCGACCAUGACAGAGAAGCAGGGCUCACACGCGGGCAAGGGGAUCAUGUGAUCAACAAGGAGCCCAGACUGAAUGUACACAUUUUCCACGGUUUCUAUAAAAGAAAAGUCCAUUUCCUCAGCUCAAUAAGGUAUUCCUUUGGUUUCUGUAGAGAGGUCAUUUCGAAGCCGACCCUCAAUUGGAAUAAUAGUAAUUGCGUGCCUCUUCAACCGUUCUACGUGCAACACGUGUAUUUGCCGAGAGCCUGUCGCCAAGGACAGAUCAUUUGAAUGUUUUCGGUGGAUCUGAGUUGUGCACAAUGCCUUGCGGAGCCAAUGCCUCAAGUUAGCAGAGGGUAAAUGAGGAAGAUGGAGUCUUGGCUCACCGUAGCUUUACUUUAAGUUACUCUAUUCUACUUCAAAAUUGUAGCUUUCAUUCUGCGUUAAAGAGAUUUUAUCUCGCAGUCAGAAGGUCCGGUAAAGUGAACAUUGAUCUUCCCCGUCGUCUAUCCUUCCGUGCAAUGAUGGAUUCAAACAUAUAUAUAUAUAUAUAUCAGAAAAAGCAUUUAAUAUUGGACCCUCACAGCAAGCUCACUCUGCUUUAACUCUGCUCCAUUUUCUUCUCGCUGAGUGAUGCAUUCGAAUGGUGGUGGCGUUAGGUUGACCGAGGCAAUAUCUCGACAGAAAGAAACAGAAAAGAGCAGAGAAAUAGAUGAUGCCAUCGUGGUGUUCUCAUCCAUGCUGCUGCAUUGCUUAUGGUUGAGUUUUAUUCAACCCCCAUCUCAAGAUCUACAAAUGUUAGUGAUGUUUGUCCUAUCCUCAUAUAAUAUGGUACUUAGUCUAGCAGAUCUGUAUGUAUAAAAAUGAAGAAGACAUGUAAAUCAAGUAUUUUGUGGUAUGUACAUCAAAGGAAUUAAUUUUACACGAUGCAAAAGCAAAAUGGAACAGAUGUUUCUAGAUGAUUAAAUACUGAACAUUCAUAAUAUUUCUUUUUAUGGAGGAAUAAAUAAAAAGUCUAUAUUUUACCAAACACAA